CAGCGGCAGUAGGAGCUCCGCAGGGCCCGAGCGGGGCGGGGCCCGGGGCAGCAGGGGCGGCCCGGAGGCGCCUCCGGGACAGCAGGAAGGUGACAUGGAAGGGGAGGCAGUUGAAGCUAUUGGCGAAGAGUCUGAAACUUUCAUUAAAGGCAAAGAAAGGAAGACCUAUCAAAGGCGCCGGGAAGGUGGGCAGGAGGAGGAUGCUUGCCCAAUGCCACCCAACCAGGCAGAUGGGGCUGAAGUGGUACAGGAAGUCAGUGCUGGUGUCCAGAUGGUCAUGAUGGAGCAGCUUGAUCCAACGCUGCUUCAGAUGAAGACGGAGGUCAUGGAAGGCACUGUGCAACAGGAAGCUGAGGCUACUGUGGACGACACGCAAAUAAUAACCCUACAAGUUGUGAAUAUGGAAGAGCAGCCUAUAAACCUGGGCGAGCUCCAACUUGUCCAGGUGCCUGUCCCAGUGUCUGUACCUGUUGCUACCACUUCUGUGGAAGAACUUCAGGGGGCCUACGAAAAUGAGGUCUCCAAAGGAGGCCUCCAGGAAGGGGAGCCUAUGAUCUGCCACACCCUCCCUUUGCCGGAAGGCUUCCAGGUGGUAAAAGUUGGUGCAAAUGGUGAGGUGGAGACGCUGGAGCAAGGUGAACUUCAGCCCCAGGAGGAUCCUAAUUGGCAGAAAGACCCAGACUAUCAGCCCCCAGCCAAAAAGACAAAGAAAACCAAAAAAAGCAAACUUCGUUAUACUGAGGAGGGAAAAGAUGUGGACGUGUCUGUAUACGACUUUGAAGAGGAGCAACAGGAGGGCUUGUUGUCAGAGGUCAAUGCGGAGAAGGUGGUGGGCAACAUGAAGCCCCCAAAGCCAACAAAAAUUAAAAAGAAAGGAGUGAAGAAGACAUUCCAGUGCGAACUGUGUAGUUACACUUGCCCACGCCGUUCAAACCUGGACCGUCACAUGAAAAGCCACACAGAUGAGAGGCCACACAAGUGCCAUCUUUGUGGCAGAGCUUUCCGGACAGUCACAUUGCUGAGAAAUCACCUCAACACUCACACAGGUACUCGUCCUCACAAGUGCCCUGACUGUGACAUGGCCUUUGUGACAAGUGGCGAGUUAGUUCGGCAUCGCCGCUACAAACACACCCACGAGAAGCCAUUCAAGUGUUCCAUGUGUGACUAUGCCAGCGUGGAGGUGAGCAAGUUGAAACGCCACAUUCGCUCUCACACUGGAGAGCGGCCAUUCCAGUGCAGCUUGUGCAGCUACGCCAGCAGGGACACUUACAAACUGAAGAGGCACAUGAGGACCCAUUCUGGUGAGAAGCCCUACGAGUGUUACAUUUGCCACGCUCGCUUCACCCAGAGUGGGACUAUGAAGAUGCACAUCCUGCAGAAGCACACAGAGAAUGUGGCCAAGUUUCAUUGCCCUCACUGUGACACUGUUAUUGCACGGAAGAGUGACUUGGGUGUCCAUUUGCGGAAGCAGCAUUCCUACAUUGAGCAGGGCAAGAAGUGUCGUUACUGUGAUGCUGUAUUCCAUGAGCGGUAUGCACUCAUCCAGCAUCAGAAAUCUCACAAGAACGAGAAGCGUUUCAAGUGUGACCAGUGUGACUAUGCAUGUCGACAGGAACGGCACAUGAUUAUGCACAAGCGAACCCACACUGGAGAAAAGCCUUACGCCUGUAGCCAUUGCGAUAAGACCUUCCGCCAGAAGCAGCUGCUUGACAUGCACUUCAAACGCUACCACGACCCAAACUUUGUUCCGGCUGCCUUCGUUUGCUCCAAGUGUGGCAAAACAUUCACACGCCGUAACACCAUGGCCAGACACGCAGAUAACUGUACAGGUCCUGAUGGAGUCGAAGGAGAAAAUGGAGGGGAGCCCAAGAAGGGGAAACGUGGGCGAAAGAGAAAGAUGCGCUCUAAGAAAGAGGACUCCUCUGAUAGUGAGGAAAAUGCAGAGCCAGAAUUGGAUGAUAAUGAAGAAGAAGAGGAGACGGCGGUUGAAAUAGAGGCUGAACCAGAAGUGGAACCUGUGGUUCCAGCACCACCACCGGCUAAGAAGCGAAGAGGAAGGCCGCCAGGCAAAGCCAAUCAACCAAAACAGCCCCAGCCAACAGCAAUCAUUCAGGUGGAAGACCAGAACACUGGUGCAAUUGAAAACAUUAUAGUGGAAGUCAAGAAGGAGCCUGAAGCAGAGACUGUAGCAGCUACAGCAGGAGCUCAGCCAGCUGCGGUGGAAGCACCCAAUGGAGACCUCACCCCAGAGAUGAUUCUUAGCAUGAUGGACCGGUGAUGGAGGAAGAGUUAUGCUCUUGACUGAACUGGCCUGGGCUCUUUUGAAGCGGCUCGAUCCCUUUUAUUUUUAUUUUCCUUUUUACCUUAUUUUUGGCUUUGGGAAAUGCAUCAUUUUUAGACCAUUUUACCAAACAACUCGGGAAACAAAACUUCAAAUGAUGUUAGAAAGUGAUUUACCUAGAACUCUCUCUGUUUAAUGUUAGCCUAUAACCGGAUCAUGGAACGUGGGGAUAUUUUUGAGUCCCCAGGGGUCUCCUGCAGGUCGCUGGAUCCAGUUAACUCUGGACUGCAUUGUAGUGACAGGCCACGGACAGCCUUUGCACGUAACGUGGAAAACAUGGAAGCCCGGACUCGAGCCCACACUAACUGCUCUGGAUCUGCUUUCGCGUUCCUUGAAGCCCUCUGGCCUCAUUUUGCUCUAUAGAGGUUUUUAAAUGUAAAUGCAGAACUCAGGAGGGUUGUAAAACUUUUAUUGCAUUUUAGUUUUUGCUUUCCCCCCUCACCCACCCACCAACUCCACCCUUCCACUGACUGGCUCUGCGUCAGCAAUGUAGGUUUGGCAUGCUCCAGCUGGUGUCUUUCCUCCCAGAUGCUUUGCUUUCUGCAGGGCAUCUCUGUAAUGAUCAAGCUUGUAAAUAACUUUUUUUUACAUUUUAAUCUUUUUUUCCAUUUAAUUAAGAGGUCUGUGGGGGGAUGCAGUUUAAAGAAGAGAACCCUGUUAUUUUAAACCAGUGGUAGCUAACAUGGUGCCCUCUAAAUGUUGCUCGAUUACGGUUCCCCUCAUCUCUGACCAUUGUCUCUGGCACUGAUGGGAGUUGGAGUCAGACAGCAUUUGGAGGACUGCAAGUUCCCCACCCCUGUUUUAAAACUCUUACAAAAAUGAAUUAUGCAGGAAUUGGUCCCGAAUUAAAUAUUGGAACCUAUCAAAUUAGUGGAAGAGUGCUAGCCAAGUGUAAUGAUAGAACUACACACCCCAUUUCUGUUUCUAAAUAUAUAGACUUGGUCUUGAAACGUGUCACUUAAACUCCCUUUUGAGUUUCAGGUUUUCACAACUCAAUUUUCUUUGCUCACUUUUUUGUGUUUAUGAAUUCUGUGUUGAAAGCCAAGGUGUUAAUUUGUAUGGGGCUUCCCAGCCCUUGAAACCUAGGGCAAGAAAUCAUACUAGGUCAUUAAUUAAAAGAUUUGGGGUUUUUAAUUAAAAAGAAGAAUAAUGUGAAAAUACAAAAUGAUGCCUGUAUAUGAACCAUCACAUGUUAAAACUACGUAAGCUUUUUAUAGAGCCUCAGUCUUGCUGAUUUCAAAACGAAUUUUCUUCUAUGUAUCGCUUUUAAGAGAGCUAUCAGGUUAGCUAUCUGAUUCUAGGUUGAUGCAUUUUUGUACUUAGCUGUACUGUGUGAUAUUUUUCAUUAUUUUAGGAAACCAACAUGAGAUAAAAUGUUAUAAAAAUACAUAAUGGGGUUUGGACUCUGGGAAGGAGAAUAUACUGCUGUACAGCUAAUAAAUAAUAAUGACGAA